AUGGCCGGAAGUUCCUUCAUUGGACCAGGAUUUCACAAGCCUGUAUAUCUUACAAGUGAAAUCGUGUAUGAAAGUUUGGACGUAACUACGAAUGACAAGUUUCGCCAGUUCCUUGAUACAAACCUGUCGAAAACGCCAGCAUUGACUGACGUCAUUUCUCCUAACCUGCGUUCCUCAUAUGACGUCAUCGCAGAAGCCCAGAGAAUUCAUUUCAACGUAUUUUCCGAGUUGCUUGCUCCAUUCAAAUACGCCAUUUUGAUCGACAUCGCCGCUUUUGCUAAUAAAGGCGACCCGGCCAUAACGGUUGGUGAGGUGUAUCUUCUACGCCGCCUUGGGAUAAAGCUGCUAUACUACUGCAACUACAACGCUUGUAAAUCACGCAACCUCAACUACAUCCGCAACGUUGCGAGAAACUUCAGCGACAGUGAAGUGGUUGUUUUACUCCAAGGCGGCGGCAACGUCGUGGGCUAUAAGUUUCACGACUACCUCCGACAAAGAAUAUUCAACACAUUCUCACAGUACAAGAUCAUAUUGUUUCCCCAGACGGUCUUCAUGAGGGAAGGUCUUUCAAAACACGUCACUUUCUGUGAAAAACUAUACAGACAGACGGAUUUUAUCAUGAUGUUGAGGGAUCGUCAAUCAUUCAGUUUAGCUCAGAAACAUUUCAGUGGAAAGCCAACUUUCUUCCUCAUGCCUGACAUUGCGUUCCAGAUAGGGGCCAUCUCAAGGUUUAUUUCUCCAAUGUUUGAUAUCAUGUGGUUGAAGAGAGUUGAUCCAGAGGCACCGAGACAAAACGUAACAAAAUGGCCGAAAGGCGUGACUGUACAGGUUGAAGCGUGGGUGAAUUGGGAAACUCCGAAAGGAAAGACUACAAUAGAAGACUCUUUUCUCAUGCAGACAAAUGGGAUGAUAUUCUUACAGAGAGGUCGCGUUGUAAUAACAGACAGACUUCAUGGACAUAUAUUCUGUGUUUUGAUGAACAUACCCCACGUACUGAUUGACACACCUUACCGGAAGUUGUCGAGUUACCACGAGACUUGGACGCGGGAUCUCGAGAAUACUGUUCUAGCCGUCGAUGCGGACGAUGCCUUGGUGAAAGCUGUUAGCCUGCUUGACAAGUACAAGGAUUCUUUGCCGUCUAUUGUUUCUUUCAUGGACAUUGAAGAAAAUCCAGUUCUGUAG